AUGGAGGCGGGGGGAUGCCGCUACCAGUUUCGGAUCGCGCUGCUGGGGGACGCGGCCGUGGGCAAGACGUCGCUGCUGCGGCGCUACGUGGCGGGCGCGCCCGGGAUCCCGGAACCCGAGCCGGAGCUCGAGUCGGUGCCUACGGUGGGCGUCGAGUUCUACAGCCGCACUCUGCAGCUGCGGGCCGGGCCUCGCGUGAAGCUGCAGCUCUGGGACACGGCGGGCCAAGAGCGCUUCAGGUGCAUCACCAGGUCCUUUUACCGGAAUGUGGUGGGUGUCCUGCUGGUCUUUGAUGUGACAAACAGGAAGUCCUUUGAACACAUCCGAGACUGGCACCAGGAGGUCACGGCCACUCAGGGCCCCGACAAGGCGAUCUUCCUGCUGGUUGGCCACAAGAGUGACCUGCAGAGCACCCGUUGUGUCUCGGCCCAGGAGGCAGAGGAGCUGGCUGCUUCCCUGGGCAUGGCCUUCAUGGAGACCUCCGCCAAAAAUAACUGCAACGUGGACCUGGCCUUCAACACCCUCACUGAUGCCAUCCAGCAGGCCCUGCAGCAGGGGGACAUCAAACUGGAGGAGGACUGGGGGGGUGUCCGGCUCAUCCAGAACACCCAAAUCCCCAGGCCCCCCAGCAGCACACAGCACCCGGGCCCAUGCAAGUGUUGACUCUGGGAGGGAAAGGGUUAAAGCAGUGUGGACCUCGUAAGUGCUGGUGAGAUGGGGAGUGUUAGUAUCUCUCUGGAGGGCAUAUGGCAGAAUCUAUCCUGAGGGUUAAUAUAAACAGUAUCCUGGUACAGUCUUGUCUCCUGGAUUUGGGGGUCUCAAGAGCUCAGCCCCUUUCUACUAGAAAGAUCUAAGAGCCCAGGUGUGCAGCUUCCUGUCCUUGAACCUGUUUCCUCCACGGUCAGAGGAACUCAGAAGACCCCGCCUCACAUGGGGUUGUGGGCACGCAUGAGAUAAGGAAUGGGCUACGCUCAGCCAGAGCCUCCCACACAAUGAGAAUCGAAUGGCAAGCAGCUGUCAUCACAGCUCUUUCCUCCCUUGGCCGGGAUGUGGCCAUUUCUGGCAGCAUCCCUGGGCUCGGAUGCUGAACCACUCAGCGUUUGGACGCUGCUGCACAGGCAAGGACAAGCGCGGGGAAUUUCAGGCUGAGCCAGCCUUGGAGCCUCCUUAGGUCCUCAGGUUUGGAUGAGAAAGUGUGCCCUCAAACCCAGGUUGCUGCCCAGUGCCCCUACUCCAAGGCCAGGGACUGGAUCUGGAUCUGAGAGGCAGGAAUGAAUAUGAACAGCUCAUCUGCUGGGCACACGGCGGACACUGUGAUUAGCCACCAAGAUCUCCCCUCAGGGCUGUAGAACCCAUAGCCUCCUCCCCACUGCACCUCCCAGCCGCUGGGAGUGCUGCCUGGUGGUAGAGCGCAGUUUAAUCUCUCUGGGAAGUGCCCACCCAUCCGGGGCAGCCCACAAUCCAGUGUCAAUCUGUUGGGUCUAUUGGGGGGCAGGGGCACUGUUCAAAGGCCUGGCCCUCUUGUCUCAACUCUAGACAACUCUGAAGGAAAAACCCAGCUU